CUUAAAAAAUAAUCUAAGAAUAAAUAAAGGGCUCAUUUCCCUCAUCUUUCAGUUUUUUAGGUUUUAUCUUCUACUAGACAAAUUCUCAAGCUUUUUUCUCAGCAUAUGUAACACCUUAGUUUUUAAAAUGCUCAGGGCUCCAGGACUUGGGGCUUUAAAUGAGUGCAGAUACCAUCGGUCUUGCUGUAAUGAGACUCAUCUGGGGGCACAGCUGGCCCAGAGAUAAACUGCUGCCACCUGCAUUUUCUUCUCCUCUGGGUGCCCACAAAUUGCCCAGUCAGCCUUGGGGUGAGGGAGUGCCCUGGCUGGACAGACAGUGCUCUGGGUAGUGUUUUGCCAGCAGUGUCCUACGUGCUGUGCCUGGCCAGGGCUCCCUGCCUUGAGCACAGCUGGGCUCAGUGUGAGAUGGCCAAAAUCCAUCAGAGAGCAAAUCUCUGCCGGGCAGCUUUCCUUUCCUGAGACUGUGCAACCCAGCAGGGACUUCUGUCCACCCAAAGUGUCCCCAAGCAGAGCUCAGCCUCUCACCAGCCCUACCUGAUGGCUCAGCCACAUGGUCUCAGUCCUCUUCAAAUCCUGCCUGGGUCCAGCACUUCUGCUUGAUAGCUGUGCCCUGGAUGAAAUGAGUUUGACUGGUCUCAGCCCAUGUUUUGGCUGAUCACAUCCACAGCACAAAAUUUAAUUAUAUAGUGUUGAGAAGAUCUCCCUAUGGCUUUGGGACAUGAUGAUACAACUGGUCAUGUUGAUUUACAGCCAGUCAGGGUAUCUGUGGUGGGUGCUGCAACAGUAACUGGGAUGUCCCUUGUGGCCAGCUGCCACAGGCUGCAUGCACUUCUAAGUAGCUCCAGCAGCUGUUGGCCUGGGAUAAGCCCUCAGUGAGAGACUGCUAACCCUUCCAAACCAAAGACCCCCUCCCAUGGAAUUUAUAGGACAUGCCAAAAGCAAAAAAUUAAGGGGGAAUAGGAAGGUUUAGUCAGAGGCCUUUCUCUUGGGGUGAGGAUGGCCUGAUGUGAACAGGAGAUGGGAAGAAAGAGCAGGUCACCACGAUGGAGAAGCAGAUGGAGCUAGAAACUGGCCCCGAUCCUCCUUAAACCUCUGGGGGAGACUGAGGCAGAGACAAUGAUCACAUAUCUGUGACAUAAGCAGCAGAUGCAGACAGCCUGAACCCAAAAUUUCCCCAUCCCAGAGCACCCAGUGCACCCCAGCUCAGCAGGGUCUCCAAGUCAGGAGGAGGAGAGGACACUUCAAAAGCAGCCCUUCCAGUUGCCUUUGCGGGGAAGGGAGAGCCAGGGCAGUGCUGGUGGAGAUUGAAUCUAAUGAUUACUUUAAGGGAUUUGCUGUCUCUUUCUUUAUCCCUCUCUCUCAGGUUUUUUUUUUUCUUCUUUUUUUCUUCCCCCCCCCCUUUUCCCUCCCUCUUAUCCCUUUCGUGGUGCAUUUGUCUUCGAGGAACCUGGGGUGUUCUUUUCAUCAGUUCAAUCUCUCUCUGGCACUUGAGUCCUGAUUGGUUGAAGGACUUAAGGGAAAAAAAAUCUUUAAUUAAGUAGAUAAUCUCUUCUUAGGAAGUUCUGCGGCUCCAUUUCACCAGCCCCCUUUAGCUCUUACUUUAGGAUUGGUUAUCCUUUGCAGAAGGUGGGAUUCAGGAGGCAUCCGCCUCUUCAUCACACCAGGAUUGCCGGGUGGAAAAUAACUCCAUCCCUUCCCUAAAUUAGUUGUGUUUCUUUUUUUUUUUUUUUUUUUUUUUUCUCUGGUGGUGGUGGUACACAAGUUUGGGGUUUUUUUAGGAUCUCUUUUCUCCCUCUUUAUUUGGAUUUUAUAUUUCACAUGGACCCUUACCUGGGCAUCUUCUUCCUCACUCCCUUCUUCCAGUCCUGCUAUGCCUGGUCAGUGAAUAAUUUCCUGAUGACGGGCCCCAAGGCCUACCUCAUCUACUCCAGCAGUGUGGCAGCUGGGGCGCAGAGCGGCAUCGAGGAGUGCAAGUUCCAGUUCGCCUGGGACCGCUGGAACUGCCCGGAGAGGGCACUGCAGCUCUCCAGCCACGGUGGGCUGCGCAGUGCAAACCGAGAAACAGCCUUUGUCCAUGCCAUCAGCUCUGCGGGCGUCAUGUACACACUGACCCGGAACUGCAGCCUGGGCGAUUUUGACAACUGUGGCUGUGACGACUCCCGCAAUGGACAGCUGGGGGGACAAGGCUGGCUGUGGGGAGGCUGCAGCGAUAACGUGGGCUUUGGGGAAGCUAUUUCCAAGCAGUUUGUGGAUGCCCUGGAAACUGGACAAGAUGCCAGAGCUGCUAUGAACCUGCAUAACAACGAGGCAGGUAGAAAGGCAGUGAAAGGGACCAUGAAGCGGACCUGCAAAUGCCAUGGUGUGUCGGGGAGCUGCACCACCCAGACCUGCUGGCUGCAGUUGCCUGAGUUUCGGGAGGUGGGCACUUACCUCAAAGAGAGGUACCACAAAGCCCUGAAGGUGGACUUGCUGCAGGGAGCAGGGAACAGCGCUGCCAGCCGGGGUGCCAUUGCCGAGACCUUCAGUUCCAUCUCCAAGAAGGAGCUGGUCCAUUUGGAAGACUCUCCUGACUACUGCCUGGAGAACAAGACACUGGGGCUGCUGGGCACGGAGGGCAGGGAGUGCCUGAAGAGGGGCAAGGCGCUCAGCAAGUGGGAGAAGCGGAGCUGCCGGCGGCUGUGUGGGGACUGCGGGCUGGCGGUGGAGGAGAGGCGAGCCGAGAUGGUGUCCAGCUGCAACUGCAAAUUCCACUGGUGCUGCGCUGUGCGCUGCGAGCAGUGCCGCAAACGGGUCACCAAGUACUUCUGUGUCCGCAAGGAGAAGCGGGAGCGGAGCGGCGGUGGCGCAGCCAGCCACAAGCUCAAGAGAAAGCUCUAA